CUCUCCUCACCAGCGGAGCCGGCUACGAGAGUAAGCGCGCAAGGGGCGGAGCGAGGCUGCGGCGCCGCGCCCCCAGCACCUCGUGGUAACCGCCCAGCGCGCCUUCGCCGCGCCCCGGAUCCGGCUGGGACCUUGGGAGAGUGAGUGAGAAUAAAGAAUAAAGGACCAUGCCUUAAAUUCUCUCGGCUAAGUUUAAAGGAUUCCUUCAGAGAUCUGUUUAAUCCCAAAAUGGAGAUAUUUUUGAUAUUGUAUACAAGGAACAACCCGAGCUGUGCUGAGUCACUGUUUGAGCAGGAUAACUCAGUUAAUGUUAAAUUCAACCCAAGAAAGAAAACAGUCUGGCUUAUUCAUGGAUACAGACCAAUGGGCUCCAUUCCACCAUGGCUUCAGAACUUUGUGAGAAUUUUGUUGGACCAAGACGAUAUAAAUAUAAUUGUAGUAGACUGGAACCGAGGUGCUACAACUUUUUUUUACAGUAGAGCGGUUAAAAAUACCAGAAAAGUUGCUGUGAGUUUGAGUAGGUACAUUCAGAAUCUUUUGAAGCAUGGAGCAUCUCUUGAUAAUUUUCAUUUCAUAGGUGUGAGCUUAGGGGCUCAUAUUAGUGGAUUUGUUGGAAAGAUAUUUCAUGGUCAAGUUGGAAGAAUAACAGGUCUUGACCCUGCUGGACCACAAUUCUCUGGAAAACCAUCAAAGGGCAAAUUAGAUUACACUGAUGCAAAUAUUGUGGAUGUCAUACACACUGAUACCAAUGGUUUAGGCAUUAAAGAACCCUUGGGACAUAUAGAUUUCUAUCCAAAUGGAGGGAAAAAGCAACCUGGCUGUCCUAAAUCAAUUUUUUCAGAUUACAAGACUGGUUCAUGUGUGGAUUGUGCCGACUUUAAGGAAAAAUCAUGUCCUAAACUAGGUUAUCAAACUGAGCUAUGGAAAGAUGUUUUAAAAGAGAGAAUAGAGAACAGAACUCUCAGGACCACUGUGUUUUUGGAUACUGUUGGCAGAAAUCCAUUCUGUACCUAUUAUUUUGUUCUCAGUAUAACUGUUCUGGAUAAAACGAUGAAGGAUGGCUAUAUUACAUUUAAAUUAUUAAACCAACUUGGAAUGGUUGAAGAGCCAAGGCUCUAUAAGAAGAACAGAUUAUUUUGUAAACAUCAAGAAUUCAAGAUUCUUGCUCAGUUUUUAAAUGAUGUUGUAAAUAUUUCAAGCAUUAGUUUGGCAUAUUUUCAGAGCUCAAAUCAGCAAUGUUCCACAUGCAAAUACACUAUUCAACGUCUCAAGUUAAAAUCACUUACAUAUCCAGAAAGACCACCACUAUGCACUUAUAAUUUUGUACUUAAAGAAAGUGAGGAAAUAUUUCUCAGUCCAAAUACAUGCGCACCAAAUGAAAUAUAAAAUGCCUUCUUCUAUCAAAUAUAACAACUUGUUUGUGAAUUAAAGAACUUGUAAAUGGAAACAACGC